UACGCGGGAACUCGCGGCUUUAUUUCUUUGAUUUUGAAUCCUUCUUCAACAUCUUCAUUCAUCUUAAAUCAAAAAACCUAAAUUUUAAUCAAUUUACUCUUUCCUCGAAGGAAAACUUCAAGUCCUCAGGUAAAAUGGCGUCUCCUGACUACAUCUCGUAUGGAUUUUCCGUAAUCGUUGCCCUUGGUGGCGUCAUAGGAUACGUGAAAGCCGGGAGUGUACCAUCUUUAGCUGCUGGGCUGGCAUUUGGUGGCAUUUCUGCACUUGGUGCUUACCAGACCUCCUCAAAUCCAAGAAAUGUUUGGGUCAUGCUUGUGACAUCAUUGGUCCUGUCUGGAGUGAUGGGAUCAAGAUUUGCAAGAUCAGGAAAGUUCAUGCCAGCUGGGUUGGUGGCAACUUUGAGUGUUGCUCAAGCUGUGCGCAUGUCUUACCGUCUGAUGCAGAACUGAUAACAAGAUUCUAAACAGCUUUGUUUCCAACUCAGUAUCAUGCACUAUCUACCCUGUAAUGUAGCUAGGUUUUGUUAGUGAUAUUCCAUAUUCAUCUAGACUGAAUAUUGAAAUGUAAAAUCAAGGUGCUGUAAUGUUAAAGACGUAUUCAUGGUACAUUAUUGCUGGUUUUUAACUAUCCAGUUUAGUAAGUCUUCUAUGUAAAAACCCUCCCUUUUCCUCUUUUAGACUGUGCUGUAUAUCAUGGAGAUGCAAAGGUGUAAGAAACACAAGAAUCUGUCAGCAUUUUUUUUCAAUAAAGGAAUGUUUACAGCAU